AAGAGAAAAUGCCUCUCGUCCUUGUCCCAUGGGAAGAAAUAUUUUUUUUCGUCCAUCUCCGUGGUGGUCCCGUGAGAUCGAAGCAAAUUGCCAUCUCGAGGUGGAGGUUGUGGCCGUUAUUGGAUUGGGUUGGAAAAGGGGUGGUGGCCGUGAGGCGGCAGUUAAGAUGAUUGGCUCUGGGAUGGUAGGGUCAGACUAUACUGUGGCAAACAAUGUUCUGCGAGUUACGGUAGUCGGAGGUGGUUUAGGAGUGGUGCCGUGGGCUGAUGAUGUGGUGGCUAUGGUGAGGGGUCCGCAGCCUACGGAGAUGGACACAUUGACAGAAAUCUCCAAGAUUGUUCAGAUUCUACUUAUUGAAAUGAUGGUAGUGAUGAGACGGAUAGUGGUGGAGGACUGGUGGCGGACGACAGCAGAGUCUCCACCAUGAAAGGCAAUGGAUUAGGGUUGUCUCUUUCAAUCCAAUUUUUUCGGGCAGUAUGUGGUUGCUACGGGAUUCUUUGAAGAUUUUUGACCAAAAAAUCAGGAAUUUUGGAGUUUAAAUGUGACUUGCUAAAAAUUAGUUCAUUGAUUUGGGAAGUAGGAGUAAAAGUGAGGAGAAAAGGUGUAAAUAAGAUGUAUACUUUAUA